AUCACAAGACUCUUCCGUUUUGAGUUGUCUGUCACCGUACGAAUUGGAGAAAAAGGCCGUCCCGUUUGGGAUUAUUUGGUUCAGGAACUCCAAUUGACCCUAAAAUAUCUCAAAAUGAGAUACUUUUUAACGUACCUGUUGGCGCUGCUAGUGGUGAUCGUCAUACCCAUAGUUUCUAUGUUCUAUCUUCUCAGUGGAAAGGGUGAGCAACUAAGUCUUGGAUGGUUCCUGGAGAAUACUUCCCCCUAUAUGUGGGGAACCCUGGGUAUCGCAUUUGCUGUGUCGUUCUCGGUCGUUGGCGCUGCGAUGGGUAUCCACACGGUCGGCACGAGCAUAGUUGGCGGAGGUGUCAAAGCGCCAAGAAUCAAGACGAAGAAUUUGAUUUCUGUGAUUUUCUGCGAAGCUGUGGCUAUUUAUGGAUUAAUCACUGCAAUUGUGCUAUCGGGAAUAUUGGAGAAGUAUACUGAACCACUUCUUGAUUUGAAUAUUAAACAGCAAAACUGGAUGGCUGGCUAUGUGAUGUUUGGUGCUGGUUUGGCUGUGGGCUUAGUAAACCUAUUCUGUGGCAUCGCAGUUGGUAUUGUUGGCUCAGGAGCUGCACUCUCAGACGCUGCAAAUGCAGCACUCUUUGUAAAGAUCCUCAUUGUUGAAAUUUUUGGAUCUGCCAUUGGUCUAUUUGGCUUGAUUGUCGGUAUUUACAUGACAUCUAAGGUCAAAAUGGGCAACCAGUAAAUUGGAGCAGUAAACUUGGAAGUAAGUUGUACAAAAGCACUGGAACAACUCACCUUGACCAAAACCAACUUGAUGUGCUUGAAGACAUAACUAUUUAAGAAGCAACUUAAGCUAGUACUACUUAAGUGUUGGACUAUUAUACUUCAAAUAAUGUUUAUAAACUUUAACAGGUAUUUCCAUAAUCUUGGUGGUAAUCAUUGUAAAAUAUUUGGUCUCAGCCACAUCAUAUUAUGAUUAACUCUGUAAUAAAAUAUACUUGUCAUGUUUGACCCUUUUCUUUUUUUUAAUAUAGCUCAGACCAAAUGUUAUUACAAUAGUUAUAUUGUGUUUUGGAGUGUUUCAGGAUGACUUAACCAGAGAUUGAAAUAAAUUAUAAUAAAUGAAAUAUAUCAUACCAUCCAAAGUGAAUCAAAUAACUUAUGUUAAAAUGAUUAGAUUAGCAGUGAGUGUAAAGAAAGAAGAUGAAGUAAUUUUUUACAGUAUUUUUUAAUUAUAGCACAAAACUGCUGUAUCUGGUCAUUUUGAGGCUUAAACAUUCCACAAAGUCAUACACUGAUUGGUAUAAUGCUGUAUAUAAAUACUCGUUGAUUAUAAAUUUUUCAACAAGCAACAAAGAAAACUGCAAAUAUAAAAAUCCAAUAUCAUAGCAAUUAGAACCUUAGUGUUGAAGUGUAUAUUUUUUCUGUGUCCAGUUGGAUAACAUAUAUUUCGAUGUGUGCUUAAAUUUCAAAAUGUAAAUAUUAGCUUGCUUCAAUCUAUUCUAUGUACUUGUUUAUUAUGACAUUAAUUUAUUGUAAAUUUAUAACUAUUCAGAAAGAAACUAGAUGUUAAAAUGAAUGUUGAACAAAAUGUCAUGCAAUGAAAAACAUAGAUGUUUGACAUAAGUUUAUUAAAAGUAUUAAUGUCAGUCAUAAAGUACCGUUAACUGAUUUCUAAGUUAUAAUAUUUGUGCAAAUGUAGAUAUUAUGUAUGUUGAUGAAUAAAUAGAUAAAAGUUA